AUGAGCGUAGCCACGCAGCAACAGUCGCAGCAGGCGCUCUCGCCAGGCCCAGAGUCGUCUGUCGGCUCGACCAAUCGUUCCGUCUCACCAUCCAAGGUCGGCGGAGGGAUCCUCGACAAUGCGCAUGAAGCGCCCUCGCGCAACGGCAAAAAGACAAAGGGCGUCAUGGGCGCAUCCGGGCCCGGCGGCGAGGCAUCGCAAUCGUCGUCAAUUGGAAGCUUCUUCAAAUCGGCCUUUUUGACGCAGCAGGCUGGCCGACAGAUCAAGACGGAUGGCAAGCCGCUGGGAAAGACGUUUGAGCGCACCAGGCCGCUACCCAACGCCCACGAGGGCGCCGAGGUCCUCGAGGUCGACCCCAGGGGUGACAAGGCGACGGCUGGCGAUGGCAUCAUUCUCUCACCGACGAGUUCGGCAACAUCUGGCAGCCAAACCUCGCUCGAAGUGCCGGAUGCCGGGGGUAUGAAUGCCAGACGAUUGAGCGCAGCCUCGUCGAGCGCUGGAGGCUCCGACUCCUUCUCUUCGUCGCCCUCUUCUUCGCAACAGGAGGAGGUGGAGCAAAGACAGGGCAGCAGCAGCGGCAGCACCACCGGCAGUACCAGCAGCACUAGCAUCGGGGACGCCUGGGAGAGGGCGGCGCGACCAGAUCGGUCAGCAAGCGAGACAUCGCCCUCGGGGUCCUCGUCGUCGUUGGGCACCAAUGGCACGGGCGUCUGUAGCAUCCGAUUUGCUCCCCUGCCCACGUCUGGUCGACUGAAGCGUGCCAAUUCCAUCACCAUUGGUGUCGCCGCUCGAUCUCAGCUCUUACACUCCCAGGGGGCCGGCAGGCAGCAGUACGCGCUGCCGCCGUCGCACCCACAAAGCAGCUACCAGAGACAGCCGCAGCAGCGAGGGAGGGAGCAGGACCAGCCCCACCACACGCAGAUGUGGUACAUGCCGGGCGCCCAGCGGCCCGACGAUGUCAUCGACAUUGGCGAGGAGCUGAAAAAGAGCGCCACAAAGGUUUGGAGACGGAUGCGACGGGGCAGCUCGGCGAGCAGUGGCAACGGCGGCGUUGUUGGUGAAGAUGGCAAGCGUAGUGCCAGUGUACCCCCUACGCCGCUGCCAGAGUCGCAUGGAGAAGGCGGGGAGGAGGAAAAAGGAGAAGGAGAAGAAGAAGAAGAAGAAGAAGAAGAGGAGGAGGCGACCAAGACGCCCAAGCGGGCUCAAAGUCCCGUCCAGGCCCUCGCCAAGCAGGAUCAUCACCAGCAUGACCACACCGAGGGCCCGCAGCACGACUCCUACCACCUCGGCAAUGAACACGAGGAGGAGGGCGCCAGAACGCCCAGGUCAAGCAUGCAGCGACGCCUGUCGACGGGCGCGUUCCUCGGCAAUGCAUCGCUGCGAGGCAUGCAGGACAAGCGUAGACGCGACGUCCUCGGCUUUGACUCAGAUGAGGAGGGCGAGGGCAACAAGGCGAAUGACGACGAUGAGCGAGGACGAGAGGAGAGAGCGAAGUUUGCAGAGGACCUCGGCAUCUCGAAAGCCAGCAAGGUCUCACAGCGGACCUCGCCGUCCGUCUGGAAUCCCAGCAGCCUGCUCUCCAGCCUGUCAACUUCGAUAACAGCGACAGCAGCGGAGGGCAGAGACAAUGACGAAGGCGACGGCGAAGAUUACCACGAGGCCGAUGAGAGCCUUUCCGCCAAUGUCUCGACUGAUGAGGAAGAUCCUGACGAUGAGGAAACAAGAGAGGCACAGCAGCUCGCCGACGAGGCGGUCAAGAGCCACAGCGCAAAGGCGACUCGAGCAGGCGCCGUAGAAAAGAUCGAACGGCGUCAGAAUACCUGA